AACACAAGACAUCCAGAUGCAAGAGCCAGGGACUGGGAAACAACAAGUUAAGCGGACACGUAGCUCAGCCUGCAUCAACUCUCAUCCUGUCAGCAGCAUCUUGCUCCAAUGCAGCUCACCUACCAGCAUGACUUUUUAUGGUAAUGGAUACAAACAUUGAUGGAAAGUUUCUGGUUGGCUAUCAACCACUGUAAGAAAAGUUUUUUUUUUUUGCACCAGGAUUAUUUACUUUAGAAAAUUGUGUUUGAAUUGAUUAAAUAAAAUCAUGCAGAUCACGAUAUCAAUUAGAUUAGAUGUGCUGGGGUGAUUUACCUGCUAAGAAGAAGUGAAAGUUACAGGGUAGCUCGGUGCUGCCCUUGCACUGGUGACAGCACUAAUCACAAUGCAAUCGAUAUGUGUGUUUGUUUAAUGUGCACAGAUCUAGUUGCCAUCUGAUAAGCGCUGGAGCUGUGCCAGGCUUUUAGGAACAGUGUGCUCUACUUUGGAAUCCUCCAAGUUGGCCACAUCUGGGUAUUUACACUCAUGCCUUGUAUACAAGUCUCUUGUUAAAAAAAGAGGGGGUCACACUUAGCUUAGAGUAGUCCCUGCCCCUCUGUUUGGGAUGUGGGUGCCAGGGACUGAGGAUGGCAUCGGCUGUGUUUGAGGGCACCUCCCUGGUGAAUAUGUUUGUGAAGGACUGCUGGGUGAACGGGAUCAGGAGACUUAUCAUCAACCGGAGAGGGGACGAAGAAGAGUUUUUUGAGAUCAGGACCGAGUGGUCAGACAGAAACAUUCUGUACUUACACAGGAGUUACUCAGACCUAGGGCGGCUCUUCAAGAGGUUGCUGGAAUCUUUCCCUGAGGAUCAUGGGGAGCUGUCACAGUCCUCAUUGCUUAAAGGGCUUAUCACAAUUAAAGAUUCUCAUGAAAUAGAAGCAAGACUUAAUGAAGUGGAAAAGCUUCUGAAGGCUAUAAUAAACAUGCCAUGCAAAUAUUCAAGAUCAGAAGUUGUCCUCACAUUUUUUGAGCGCUCACCACUAGACCAAGUAUUAAAGAAUGAUAAUGUGCACAAGAUUCAACCAAGCUUCCAACGUCCCAUUAAAAUAUCUGAAAUCAUGCGUUCCAACGGCUUUUGUUUAGCAAACACAGAAACAAUUGUCAUCGACCACAACAUUCCUCAUGUAAAAGAUCCAGAUUUGGAUGUAGACUCAUCGGAUCAUUUAUUUGGAAAUGGAACAGACUUUCCCUCAGAACCAGAAGAAGACGAUGACCCAUCAGCUUAUGUUACCAAUCUGUCUUACUACCAUCUGGUUCCAUUUGAAACUGAUAUAUUAGACUAGACUGAGUAUAAUGGCCUGCUUGAUGGAUUCUCCUCCUGGAUGCUGCUCUCAUUGUUGCCUUUACAGCUAAGCUAAGCUUAGUGCCUAGCAGUGGUAGUUCCAGUAACCAGUAAAUUGGGGGGGGGGGGGAGCACUAGUAUGGAGGAGUCAUGUGUGGUUCAUAGGUGGAUUCCGCGUAGGCAGGGUCACAGGUAUUCUCUGCACAGAGUUGGGUGGUGGGUAGGGAUGUGACUAGACCAUUGGGAUGUGGCUAGACAGGAAGAAAACAAAUCUAGGAAGGGCUUUUCUGUUCUCCACAGCACUAUAGGGGUGCAACCUGAAAUAUUGUAUAGCUUUUGCGCCCCUAUUAGAACUGCCACUGGUGCCUAGCGUACAGAUCACUUACUGCUAGGAGCAGAUGAACAGACUUUACAACAGGCCUCAAUGUUUCUCUGUGUCCUGGAAAGCUUGAAACCUUUGCAUAGUUAUACAUAACUUCUACAAUGUGGAAAUCAUUUAGCUGCCUAUUACCGCAUGUACACAGGCUCAAGUGUUAGUGAAUGGUGCUUGGGCACUAAAUGAAUUACUGAUUGACAAAUAAUCUGUUUCAUGGAUAUCAGAAACUGGUAAAUGCCUGCUACAUAGCUUCUAUUUUGUUUGAUUGCAUCCUCAGGAUCAUGAGACAAAUGAUACUUCACAGGCACAAUAAGUAUUAGAACGUUUUGACAAUGUGAAAAGAAACAGAAUGCAGUGAAUAAAUGUAGGUGGUUGUGAGGGAUCCAGACUUCUAUUUUUUUUAAGCAUCAUAUUGUGCGUCAGUUGAAUGGGAACAAUGCGUAAAGAACAGAAGUGUUUUGUCUAUAGAGUGGUCCGAUGAGUUCAAAUGCUUUAUUUUUUUUUUCUAAAGAAAUGCCAAAUGUAAGUGAGACAAGAAAUUCUGUUAGUGGACAAAUGCAUGUGCUGUACCACUUGAAGUGUCUGUUACUUAGCUGAGACUAUGCUACUGAGUGGUGCAAUAUUAACCUUUUUUUAACACUCAUCUUCCAUUUAAUCAAAUAAUUACUACAAUUCAUUUUGUAAAGAGAUUACUGUCAGAGUUGUUCCCUGCGUGGACGUUUAUGCUGAUAAAAACAUCUCUGUUCUCAGCUGUGUAUACUAACAGGAAAUACAUUGUAAUGUAAAUAUAAUUAAAUUAUUGAAAAUCCUAAUUCUUUUAUACAGUAUGGUUUAAAAGUCUAUUUUAUUGAAAUGGAAAAUGUUACUCAGAAUAAAUAUAUUUAAUAUCUGCAAUUUAAAA